AAUGGGGGCAUGUUCCAAUAAGAGUUAAAACUAGAAUUAGAAGGAAGAGGUAUGUUUUGAGAAUGGCACAAUAGCAAAUCACUCAAUUAUUAGAUAUUAAUAAUCCAGGGAAUGUAAAUCACAGAUAUGCAAAUAAUUUUACACUCAUUCCAAAUAAGUCGGUUGGAGCAGGAAUCAAAUAAACUAAUCAAUAUUCGACUAGUUUAUCGAGAAUUGAGUGGGACAUGAUGCAAAAUUAGUUUUGGGGUAGAGUUACAAUUUAUAUCAAGAUAGUCAUAAGGAUAGUUCUGAAUGGCAACUAAUAAGGAAGGCCCUUUCUUAAAAGGAUGAAUGUAAUAGAUUUAUUCAUACCACCUUAUAGCCGUGGCUCUUCAAAUUCUUAGUUAGGCCAAUUUCAAGUUGAUUAGGAAUUCCAUUUAGUUGUUGGUUCGAGAUAGUAUAAUUGCUAUUUAAAUAAGAGCAAAUAUAUCAAGUCCCAAUAUUCGUAAUUAAUGAGCCAACUUUUUACAGCAAUUAAAAUUUCGAAUUGAAUUUCGAAACCUCCAUCUUAAAAGUAAUUAAGAAAGCUAUUUAGGUGAGAGUGCGCAGUAGCAAGCUGCCUUAGGAUUACGAGAUUUCUACUUAGAAUACAAGUACGAUACAGCAGAUCAAGCAAAUGAUAUUGGAGGUUACAAAAGAGAAAGCUUGCAGAUUAUUUUUAAAUGGAAGAGAGUUGAUAGAUUAGAAUUAAUUAGGAAAUUAUUCUAUAAGUUCAGGAACUGUAUAUUUCAAUAAUUAUACUAUUAGGUAAUCUAAGCUUUUUUGUGA